UAUGAUGAAUUUAAGAGCUUCAUUCCACUUAAUAAGAUCAUUACAUUAAUCUGAUUCAAACCUUCUUUGAAGGGGAAAAAAAUGAAGAAAAAGAUACUUGUGCACGUCUAAAGAGGCAAAGCUAAGCCAAAGUGGGCGGCGAAUGGCUGAGGAGCUUCACAAAGCCAAAACCCUCGGCCGCUUUUGAGCACAAAGAGGUAUAAUCCAACCCAUUUUUCCUUUACAACAAUACCCAUUUCCCCCAAAUCCCCAAGGUUUUAGAGCUCCAUGAUUUGUUGCUUUAAUGGGGUUUUCUUCUUUCAAUCCUUUCUCUCUUCUUCUUCUUCUUCUUGUUUCCAUGGCCUUCUUGUCCUUUUUUGCUCUUAUCCCACCUGCACAAUCUGCCUCUGAUUACACUUCUUUGGUCUACAAGGGUUGUGCUAAGCAAGCCCUCUCAGAUCCAUCUGGGGUUUACACCCAAGCGCUUUCAGCCCUUUUUGGCUCCUUGGUUUCACAAUCCACCAAGGCUAGAUUCUACAAAACCACCUCUGGAAGUGGCCAAGCCACCAUUAAUGGCCUCUUCCAGUGCAGAGGGGACCUCACCAAUGGCGACUGCUACAAUUGUGUGAGCAAAAUCCCUCAUAUCGUUGAGUCUCUCUGUGGCAAAGCUAUAGCCGCCAGAAUCCAACUCUAUGGCUGCUAUUUGCUCUAUGAAGUUUCUGGGUUCGCCCAAAUUUCAGGGUUUCAAAUGCUGUACAAAACUUGUGGAGCUACCAAUGUUGCUGGAAGUGGCUUUGAGGAGCGGCGGGAUACUGCCCUCUCUGUUUUGGAGAAUGGUGUUGUGAGUGGCCAUGGAUUUUACACUACAAAUUACCAAUCUGUUUAUGUUUUGGGGCAAUGUGAAGGGGAUUUGGGGGACUCAGAUUGUGGAGAAUGUGUGAAAAAUGCAGUCCAAAGAGCUCAAGUUGAAUGUGGGAGCUCAAUUUCAGGCCAGCUCUAUCUCCAUAGAUGCUUUAUAAGUUAUAGUUACUACCCAAAUGGGGUUCCUUCAGGAGGAUCAUCAUCUUCAUCUUCUUCAUCAUCAUCAUCAUCUGGAGUAAAUACAGGGAAAACAGUAGCUAUAAUCCUCGGAGCAACAGCAGGAGUGGUUUUUGUGGCGAUUUGCUUGCUUUUUGCAAGAGGGUUGAUGAAAAAACAUGAUGAUGAUUAAUGAAAGAAGAAGCAAGAUUGGAUGAUGAUUCUAAGAUCAUCUUCAAAGAUGCAAAAACUAUUCUUUCUUUCAUUCUUUCUUUUUAUGAACAGAAUCUCUUCUUUUUCUCUGAAAAGGAUGUGAUUUUUUGUUGUUGGUCAAUUGGGGUUUUGUUUGAAUGAAUGAUAUGUAUCAAACUGAAGUAUUUUUUUUUGCAUAUAAGUGAAGGAGAAGCAGCUGCUGGCACUCCCUUCUCUCUCUCUUAAACUUUGCUUCUUUUUA